AUGGACCUCCUGGAGCAGGAUGACAUGGUAUCCUUUGCGACUACCUCUUGGUUAAUCUGGAAGAGGAGAAAUGAGAUGAUCUUCAGGAAGUGUUUCCUUCACCCACGCAUCGUUGCUCAAAACUCAAAACACCUUGUGGAGGAAUUGCAGCUGGCCAAACAGCAGAAUAAGAAACUCACGGGCAAGGUUCAGCGACAAGCAGCCUGGGUUACACCCCCUAGGGGCAGACUUAAACUGAACUGGGAUGCCUCGCUUGACAAAAUCAGGUGCAGGGUGGGAGUGGGUGCUGUUAUCAGAGAUCAUGAGGGGCAGGUGUUAGCUACUCUAAGGAUGCAACAUGAUCUCUUCCCCGACCCUUUCUUGGCAGAAGCCUAUGCAGCACUUCAAGCUUCCAUCUUCUGCAAAUCCUCAGGCUAUAAGGGGAUCAUAAUGGAAGGGGACUCUCUACAAGUGGUUAAGGGCCUAAACUCAGCCUCAGACUCACACACCUAUGCAGGUCAACUAAUAGCUGACACUAAAACCACUCUCAGUUCUUUCACUGCGUGGUCUGCAGGGCAUACUGUAAGAGCUAACAACUGUGUUGCUCAUGCUUUAAGUAAGGAUGCCCUUGGCAUCAGUGGUUAUACCACAACUUUUGGUUCUGUCCCGUUAUGUAUUCGGACUCUAGUUUUCGAGUCAUUGAAUGAAUGA